AAUAGACUGUAAUUAUGUUAUUCUAACGUGAAUAAUGCUGUAAAAUAUAGACUGUAUUUAUGUCAUUCAGAUGUAAAAAAAUACCUUAGUGUUUAUUGUCUAUCGUGAGUGAAUGUGGUGCUGAAUUUCCCCCAGGGAUCAAUAAAGUACUUUCUAUUCUCUUUUAUUCUAUUCGGUCUCCCUGGAGCGGACGUUGGCCGCGAGCUAGUGGGCAGCAUAGGACAGAGUCAGUUCACAUGGUGGCUUUGUAGAAAUGCUGUUUUUGUCUAUGCACGGUGAAAAUGUGUACGCAAUGUGAAGUGUUCAUUACUCCUUUUUUUUUUUUACUCUUUGUAGCUGUAUGUAGAAGUUGCAUCACCUCUGCGCUCUUUAAAGUCUUUUAUGUCCUUUCAUGUUUCCCCUCUUGCCACGUGGGAUAAAUGUUCAUUUUUCUGUUGGAGAUGUUCACUCCACUUCCGGCGAGAGAAAAGAGGCAGGGACCGUAUCGGCCGGUGGUGUCCGCCCCCGAGGAGAGAAGAGUCCUUCUGGCCACACCCAUCUUCUCUUCAUUCCUCUGCACACACACGCCAGCCAGGAUCCUCACACGCCGUCGGACUCCCAGCAAGUCGUCCAGAAGAAAUGCUGAUAAUUGCCUCUUCUGGUCAGUGAAGAAGAGGAAGCAAAGAGUAUGGAGGUCAACGGGGAAGUCAGUGAUUCUGACAGCGGAAUCAUCCUUCACUCUGGCUCGGACAGCCCGACGUCCCACGCCAAGGACGUCAGCACGCACACGCGGGCCAUGCGGCUGAAGCACCAGGCGCUCCAAGAGCGACUGGACCUGUGCCUCCGAGAGCUGAAGGAGGUCUGCAUCCGAGAAGCCGAGCUGACGGGCCGGCUGUCAGGAGAUUAUCCUCUGCUGCCGGGAGAGAAACCUCCGCAGAUCCGCAAACGCAUCGGCGCUGCUUUCCUGCUGGACCCGCACAGCAUCCCCGGGGGAGGCGACGUUCGAGUGUCGGCCCUGAACCAGGUGGACGCCGAGCUGGCCCUCCAGUUCAAGAUCUACGAGGCGGCGCGUCAGCUGUGCCAGGAGCGCCACCUGGCCAAGGCGGUGAGGAAGAGUCGCCUGAAGCAGAGCAGGUGUGAGGAGAAGAAGCUGCGACAGUUGCAGGAGACCGCCUUCAAGCUGCGGCUGGAGCACGGCCGCUCCUCACCGCUUCCUGCCUUCAACAUCCCACUGCAAGAUCUUGGCGCUUCUGACGACAGCUCCUUGUCGGACUCGCUGGUCCUGGAUGAAGAAGUAGCCGGCGAGUCUUCAGGACUUCUAUAUCCCAGAGAGAUGGACCCACCAGCGCCGGUUCGCGUGUCCUCAGAGUCCCACCCGGACUCCCCCUACCCGUCACCCAGCGUGGGCGCGGCUCCUGACUCCGGCCUGGACGCGGCUGUGAGUUUGACCUCCAGCCCCGCCGCCUACGACCCGCCUCCCAUUCAGCACUCGCCUUGGACUGAGUCGAGCCUGGACCAGCCGUACCAAAAGAAGUCACGUUCCUCCUCCAAAACCAGUCCCACCAAGGUGCAGUUGCUCCCCCCGCUGGAGGCCGACCUGGCCCAGCAGCUGUCCCGCCUGAAAGUCAGCCGCACGCAGUCCAGCGCCACGUCCUCCACGCCGCAGCUGCGUGUCCACCGCCAGCUCUCCCUCAGGAUGUCCAACGAGUCCCCGCUCCUGAUGGACAAGGAGCGUGGUCGCACCAGAGGUCCCAGGCGGCGACUGAUCGAAGACAACACAACCCCGGCGGACGCUCCUCCCCUCCUGUUCAGUCGCGUAAACGACGCUUGGUCCGAGGACAGCAACUCCGAGCGCUCGUUUGCGUCCUACACCAGCUCGCCCACCGCACCCAGACACUACCACGCCGGGUUCUACCACAGUCCCAGGCUCCGGGGCCACCAGGUGUACCAAAACGAGGACGUGGUCUACCCGCCGUACGUGGACACGCCGUGGUCCUACCGCACCCGGCGGGCUCCCGGUCCUCCCGACGGCUACGAGUGCCGCUACCAAGAGGCCCCCGCGGCCCCGCAGAGAGCGCAGUGGCGUCUGGCUCCUGGCGGCGGACACUCGCCACAGUGGGAUCCCCCGCAGCAGGUGGUCAGCGAGCAGCUGAAGUCCUGGCACCGGCGCAGUCAGCUCAAAGGACCCAGGUCGAGGUCGCUUGACAGGCAGGGAGCGGUCAGGGUGAAAAACACGGCGGCUCGGGAGCCGCCCCGGAACCAGAAUCCGAGGUACCACGAGCAGCAGGUCAUCCAAAGAAGAGAUCUUCAGAUGUCUGCCGACGACUCUCAAGAACCCUGGCUGGUGGACCAUAGCACUCACUAUGUGAGCCAAGUGUGAAACCUGGACUCCUCUCAGGAUCCAACUGGAUUACCUGCCAACAAAUCACUUUGGAAUUCAAGGCCAGAAGAAAUUUUUGGCAGAUUUCUCGUGCCUUUGAGGAAACUAAUCAACUGAAGAGUUGAGUAAGCACAACUCACGUCUGAGGGGGGGAUAUACCAGACUUUCGGGGCUAUAGUGCGCACAUUUUUAAAGAAAUAAAUAUUUUUACACAGGACUGAAAACCACAGAUGUUUUGUAAAUGUUUAUUUACACACCUUUAAUCGUUUACAAAAGGCAGUAAAACGGCUGAUCAAACAAAACAUAAGUCAUCGUCAUGGCCCCAAGUUAGCUCUCCAGUCAGCUAAACAGAUUUUAUUUACACACCUUUAAUUGUUUACAAAAGGCAGUAAAACAGCUGAUCAAACAAAACAUAAGUCAUCGUCAUGGCCCCGAAUUAGCUCUCCAGUCAGCUAAACAGACUGAAUAACGUCUAAAUCGUCCAGAAAAGAUAGCCCAUAGUAGCGUAUUUUCCGGACUAUAAAGCGCACCGAUAUUCAAGCCACACCCACUAGAUUUUUUGAAAAUAAAAUGGUUCCAUAUAUAUGCCGCAUCGGACUAUAAGUCCAAGAUAUAUCCUUGGUGAAGAAAUAUUUUGUAAAUGUUUAUUUACACACUUUAAUUGUUCCCAAACGGUGUCUGUAACAAGGCAGUAAAACGGCUGAUCAAACAAAACAGAAGUCACCGUCAUGGACCCUCUAGCUGCGGAAGCAAGCUCUCCAGUCAGCUAAACAGACUCAAUAACGUCUAAAUCGUCCAGAAAAGAUAGCCCAUAGUAGCGUAUUUUCCGGACUAUAAAGCGCACCGAUAUUCAAGCCACACCCACUAGAUUUUUUGAAAAUAAAAUGUUUCCAUAUAUUAGUUUCCAAUAAGUCGCAUAUAUUUACAUUAGCAAAUGUGUUAUUUAGACAGAAAUAUUCUGUAAAUGUUUAAUUACACACCUUAAUUGUUUCCAAACGGUGUCUGUGACAAGGCAGUAAAACGGCUGAUCAAACAAAACAGAAGUCUCCGUCAUGGACCCUGUAGCUAUGGAAGCUAGCUCUCCAGUCAGCUAAACAGACUCAAUAAUGUCUAAAUCGUCCAGAAAAGAUAGUCCAUGGUAGCGUAUUUUCUGGACUAUAGAGCACGUCGAUAUCUAAGCCAGACCCAUUACAUUUUUUGAAAAUAAAAUGUUUCCAUAUAUAAGCCGCAUCGGACUACAAGUCUAAGAUAUAUACUUUGUGAAGAAAUAUUCUGUAAAUGUUUAUUUACACACCUUCAUUGUUUCCAAACGGUGUCUGUAAUAGGGCAGUAAAACGGCUGAUCAAACAAAACAGAAGUCACCGUCAUGGACCCGCUAGCACAAUACCUCCACGGUGACGUUUUGGUGGAUUUACUGAGGAAUUUGUGAAAAUGAAACCAUUCUAAGUUAAUAAUACUAACACAGACACUUAUAAACGUGUUAGCAUAUUAGCUAAGGCUAACGACUCUGGCGUGAUUACAUUACGAUGGAACGUACGAAUGAAAACUCUCCUACAGACAUCACAGCUGGGACACUUUAGUAAGUCGGAAUUGUUUUAGUUAUAUUGUAAAAGCUACAAAUGCUGAUGAAUGAAGAACAUUUACGAGUAGAAACGCUAUGGACGCCUGCAGGCAGCCAACUGGUCCCCAAAACGUCGGCACAGCGCCAACAUUUACACAAUAUUUGUUGAACACAAAACAUUAUCAGCAAUCCAUCAAAGUUUAUUUAUGUAGCCCUUAAUCACGAGUGUCUCAAAGGGCUGUCAAAGCCACAACGACAUCAGGGCAAGGAAAAACUCAACCCAAUGGGAAAAUGAGAGUGUGAGAGUCCAGUCCAUAGUGGAUCUAACAUAACAGCGUGAGAGUCCAGUCCAUAGUGGAUCUAACAUAAUGGUGAGAGUCCAGUCCAUAGUGGAUCUAACAUAAUAGUGAGAGUCCAGUCCAUAGUGGAUCUAACAUAAUAGUGAGAGUCCAGUCCAUAGUGGAUCUAACAUAAUAGUGAGAGAGUCCAGUCCAUAGUGGAUCUAACAUAAUAGUGAGAGUCCAGUCCAUAGUGGAUCUAACAUAAUAGUGAGAGUCCAGUCCAUAGUGGAUCUAACAUAAUAGUGUGAGAGUCCAGUCCAUAGUGGAUCUAACAUAAUAGUGAGAGUCCAGUCCAUAGUGGAUCUAACAUAAUAGUGUGAGAGUCCAGUCCAUAGUGGAUCUAACAUAAUAGUGUGAGAGUCCAGUCCAUAGUGGAUCUAACAUAAUAGUGAGAGUCCAGUCCAUAGUGGAUCUAACAUAAUAGUGAGAGUCCAGUCCAUAGUGGAUCUAACAUAAUAGUGAGAGUCCAGUCCAUAGUGGAUCUAACAUAAUAGUGUGAGAGUCCAGUCCAUAGUGGAUCUAACAUAACAGCGUGAGAGUCCAGUCCAUAGUGGAUCUAACAAAAUUAGUGAGAGUCCAGUCCAUAGUGGAUCUAACAUAACAGCGUGAGAGUCCAGUCCAUAGUGGAUCUAACAUAAUAGUGAGAGUCCAGUCCAUAGUGGAUCUAACAUAAUAGUGAGAGUCCAGUCCAUAGUGGAUCUAACAUAAUAGUGAGAGUCCAGUCCAUAGUGGAUCUAACAUAAUAGUGUGAGAGUCCAGUCCAUAGCGGAUCUAACAUAAUAGUGUGAGAGUCCAGUCCAUAGUGGAUGUAACAUAAUAGUGUGAUAGUCCAGUCCAUAGUGGAUCUAACAUAAUAGUGAGAGUCCAGUCCAUAGUGGAUCUAACAUAAUAGUGAGAGUCCAGUCCAUAGUGGAGCUAACAUAAUAGUGUGAUAGUCCAGUCCAUAGUGGAUGUAACAUAAUAGUGUGAUAGUCCAGUCCAUAGUGGAUCUAACAUAAUAGUGAGAGUCCAGUCCAUAGUGGAUCUAACAUAAUAGUGUGAGAGUCCAGUCCAUAGUGGAUCUAACAUAAUAAUUAGAGUCCAGUCUAUAGUGGAUCUAACAUAAUAGUGAGAGUCCAGUCCUUAGUGGAUCUAACAUAAUAGUGACAGUCCAGUCCAUAGUGGAUCUAACAUAAUAGUGAAAGUCCAGUCCAUAGUGGAUCUAACAUAAUAGUGAGAGUCCAGUCCAUAAUGGAUCUAACAUAAUAUUGAGAGUCCAGUCCAUAGUGGAACUAACAUAAUAGUAAAAGAGUCCAGUCCAUAGUGGAUCUAACAUAUUAGUGUGAUAGUACAGCUCAUAGUGGAUCUAACAUAAUAGUGAGAGUCAAGUCCAUAGUGGAUCUAGUUAAUAAUGUGAUAGUCCAGUCCAUAGUGGAUCUAACAUAAUAGUGAGGGUCAAGUCCAUAGUGGAUCUAGUUAAUAAUGUGAUAGUCCAGUAAAUAGUGGAUCUAGUUAAUAAUGUGAUAGUCCAGUCCAUAGUGGAUCUAGUUAUAAUGUGAUAGUCCAGUCCAUAGUGGAUCUAGUUAUAAUGUGAUAGUCCAGUCCAUAGUGGAUCUAGUUAAUAAUGUGAUAGUCCAGUCCAUAGUGGAUCUAGUUAUAAUGUGAUAGUCCAGUCCAUAGUGGAUCUAGUUAUAAUGUGAUAGUCCAGUCCAUAGUGGAUCUAGUUAUAAUGUGAUAGUCCAGUCCAUAGUGGAUCUAGUUAUAAUGUGAUAGUCCAGUCCAUAGUGGAUCUAGUUAAUAAUGUGAUAGUCCAGUCCAUAGUGGAUCUAGUUAAUAAUGUGAUAGUCCAGUCCAUAGUGGAUCUAGUUAUAAUGUGAUAGUCCAGUCCAUAGUGGAUCUAGUUAUAAUGUGAUAGUCCAGUCCAUAGUGGAUCUAGUUAUAAUGUGAUAGUCCAGUCCAUAGUGGAUCUAGUUAAUAAUGUGAUAGUCCAGUCCAUAGUGGAUCUAGUUAAUAAUGUGAUAGUCCAGUCCAUAGUGGUUCCACCAGGGGUCAUCUUCAAUGUAGUCAAGUCAGCAUCGCAGAGAUGUCGUCGUUCAUGGUCGUCGGCCAAGAAAAAUCCAUAAAUUAGGUGCGUAGUUCUGUAAGCCGCAGGGUUCAAAGCGUAUGGGGAAAAAAGUAGCGGCUUAUAGUCCGGAAAAGACGGUAAAACUGGUCGGAUUUUCUUGCGUUACGUGUCACAAACUUCACAGGAAAAUGAACUGAAAAUGAUUGACUGCAAUAAAACUAUUCUGGUGGCCAUCCAGCAGUUCUGCUUGAACUUGUUGACCACUUCUCUUCACAAAACUGGUGCAGUUCAGCUAAAUGUGUGGCUUUUCUGACAUGGACUUGUUUCUUCAGCAUUGUCCACACGCUUUAAGUCAGCACUUUGGGAAGGCCGUUAUAAAACUUUCAUUCUAGUCUGACGCCUCAGUCGACGGUCCCCUGAACGCAUCAGUGGACGGUCCCCUGAACGCCUCACGAGACAAUCCCCUGCACGCCUCACUGGAUGGUCCCCUGAACGCCUCACUAGGCAGUCCCCUGAACGCCUCACUAGGCGGUCCCCUGAACGCCUCACUAGGCGGUCCCCUGAACGCCUCACUAGGCGGUCCCCUGAACGCCUCACUAGGCGGUCCCCUGAACGCCUCACUAGGCGGUCCCCUGAACGCCUCACUAGGCGGUCCCCUGAACGCCUCAGUAGACGGUCCCCUGAACGCCUCACGAGACAAUCCCCUGAACGCCUCACGAGACAAUCCCCUGCACGCCUCACUGGAUGGUCCCCUGAACGCCUCACGAGACAAUCCCCUGCACGCCUCACUGGAUGGUCCCCUGGACGCCUCACGAGACAAUCCCCUGCACGCCUCACUGGAUGGUCCCCUGAACGCCUCACUAGGCAGUCCCCUGAACGCCUCACUAGGCGGUCCCCUGAACGCCUCACUAGGCGGUCCCCUGAACGCCUCACUAGGCGGUCCCCUGAACGCCUCACUAGGCGGUCCCCUGAACGCCUCAGUAGACGGUCCCCUGAACGCCUCACGAGACAAUCCCCUGAACGUCUCACGAGACGGCCCCCUGAACGCCUCACGAGACAAUCCCCUGAACGCCUCACUAGGCGGUCCCCUGAACGCCUCACGAGACGGCCACCUGAACGCCUCACGAGACAAUCCGCUGCACGCCUCACUGGAUGGUCCCCUGAACGCCUCACUAGGCGGUCCCCUGAACGCCUCACUAGGCGGUCCCCUGAACGCCUCACUGGAUGGUCCCCUGAACGCCUCACUAGGCGGUCCCCUGAACGCCUCACUAGGCGGUCCCCUGAACACAUCAGUAGACGGUCCCCUGAACGCCUCAUGAGACGGCCCCCUGAACGUCUCACGAGACAAUCCCCUGAACGUCUCACGAGACGGCCCCCUGAACGCCUCACGAGACAAUCCCCUGCACGCCUCACUAGGCGGUCCCCUGAACGUCUCACAAGACAAUCCACUGAACGUCUCAUGAGACAAUCCACUGAACGUCUCAUGAGACAAUCCACUGAACGUCUCAUGAGACGUUCCCCUGAAUGCCUCACUAGGCGGUCCCCUGAACGCCUCACUAGGCGGUCCCCUGAACGCCUCACUAGGCGGUCCCCUGAACACCUCACAAGACGGCCCCCUGAACGUCUCACAAGACAAUCCACUGAACGUCUCACGAGACGGUCCCCUGAACGCCUCAGUAGAUGGUCCCCUGAACACCUCACUGGACGGUCCCCUGAACGCCUCAUGAGACGGUCCCCUGAACGCCUCAGUAGACGGUCCCCUUAACGCCUCACUAGACAAUCCCCUGAACGCCUCACUAGACAAUCCCCUGAACGCCUCACUAGACAAUCCCCUGAACGCCUCACUAGACAAUCCCCUGAACGCAUCAGUAGACGGUCCCCUGAACGCCUCACCAGACGGUCCCCUGAACGCCUCACCAGACAAUCCCCUGAACGCCUCACCAGACAAUCCCCUGAACGCCUCACUAGACGGUCCCCUAAACGCCUCACUAGACGGUCCCCUGAAUGCCUGACGAGACGGUCCCCUGAACGCCUCACGAGACGGUCCCCUAAACGCCUCACUAGGCGGUCCCCUGAACGCCUCACUAGGCGGUCCCCUGAACGCCUCACUAGGCGGUCCCCUGAACACCUCACAAGACGGCCCCCUGAACGUCUCACAAGACAAUCCACUGAACGUCUCACGAGACGGUCCCCUGAACGCCUCAGUAGAUGGUCCCCUGAACACCUCACUGGACGGUCCCCUGAACGCCUCAUGAGACGGUCCCCUGAACGCCUCAGUAGACGGUCCCCUUAACGCCUCACUAGACAAUCCCCUGAACGCCUCACUAGACAAUCCCCUGAACGCCUCACUAGACAAUCCCCUGAACGCCUCACUAGACAAUCCCCUGAACGCAUCAGUAGACGGUCCCCUGAACGCCUCACCAGACGGUCCCCUGAACGCCUCACCAGACAAUCCCCUGAACGCCUCACUAGACGGUCCCCUAAACGCCUCACUAGACGGUCCCCUGAAUGCCUGACGAGACGGUCCCCUGAACGCCUCACGAGACGGUCCCCUAAACGCCUCACUAGACGUUCCCCUGAAUGCCUCACUAGGCGGUCCCCUGAACGCCUCACUAGGCGGUCCCCUGAACGCCUCACUAGGCGGUCCCCUGAACGCCUCACAAGACGGCCUCCUGAACGUCUCACAAGACAAUCCACUGAACGUCUCACGAGACGGUCCCCUGAACGCCUCAGUAGAUGGUCCUUUGAACACCUCACUGGACGGUCCCCUGAACGCCUCAUGAGACGGUCCCCUGAACGCCUCAUGAGACGGUCCCCUGAACGCCUCAGUAGACGGUCCCCUUAACGCCUCACUAGACAAUCCCCUGAACGCCUCACUAGACAAUCCCCUGAACGCCUCACUAGACAAUCCCCUGAACGCCUCACUAGACAAUCCCCUGAACGCAUCAGUAGACGGUCCCCUGAACGCCUCACCAGACGGUCCCCUGAACGCCUCACCAGACAAUCCCCUGAACGCCUCACUAGACGGUCCCCUAAACGCCUGACGAGACGGUCCCCUGAAUGCCUCACGAGACGGUCCCCUGAACGCCUCACUAGACGGUCCCCUAAACGCCUGACGAGACAGUCCCCUGAACGCCUCACCAGUAGUGCAAUGUGUACUUGCCUCCAGGCCAGGACGUGUUCUUAUUCCCAUGUACUUAAUUAUUUUAAAAAGACCACCCGGCACACCAGAAAAAAAAGACUUGGCAGCCGCGUACGUCCGACUUGCGAGAGCCGACACCAGAACGCCGACAAAAGUCCGCCACACAAAUCCAAAUAGAGCUUUUAUUUAUCUGUUAACUUCUUGUGACUGGUGACUAUCAGGACUGGAGUGGGACUUGAAAAGGUGUGAAGGUGAAUAGUGAGCACAUGAAGGACAAAAUCAUCCUUCCUUAUCUGCCUUUUUACUGUCUUUUAUUUGUUUGUCAUUUAAGGACUUUUAGGUAGAAAAUAGAGCAGCUGUUGUAAUUUCAUGACAAUGUUUACCUGGGGAAUAAAGACUUUUGCGUAA